GGUGGAUAUUCAACCUCAAGGAUGUCCUUGAGAAAUGCAAAGCAACAGUAAGAAGAGACUCUUGAAUUGAAAACUAUUUAUCAAUUGACUGGUUUGUUCAAUACGAUCAAUUUGGCGUUUUCAGUCAACUAAUAAGAUGGGGAAUUUAUAUACAUAUCAUCGGGUGUUUUACUUCAACAGCAACUGCUGUUGUUACCAUCCCGAACUCCCAAUUUUGGGGAAAAUUUGGCACGUUUUGGGGAAAUAGCACAAAAACCACAAAAGUAGGAGCUCGGGAUAGUUAUAACUGUAUGAUCGGUCUGCGCACUACAAAACUAUAGCAGUCCAAACUAUCAGCUUUUGUCUACUCUACGCUUGUGUAACUUCUUGCAGGUAAUCUAAUCUCCCGAUUAUGGGGAGGAUGACCACAAAUUUUAUCAUAGCGGCUCCCACAUCGCUUAUUAUAUACUGGUGCUAGGAAUAGUUAGAGAAAGCGAAGAGGCUAUCAGUUUAUAACACGUUACCGUAGUAUGAAAGGAAGCAGUUUAGUACUUGGAUCCGUAGGUCCAUCACAUUUCCUCCGUUAAGAUCUUAAACGUGGUCCAACUUUGUUGAGAGGUUUUUGUAUGAUUCAGAAUAAAAACCAAUGGCAACUUUGUUGCAAUAUUUUAUUCUACUUUCCACAAUAGGGCGAUAAUUUUUCCUAUCUGGAAAAAUACUUUCGUUCUUGUAUCUUCAGUUGGUUGUUAUCUCCUACUGUAUUCUAUUUUUUAAAAUUUCUUUAUUGAUCACACUAAUUUCCUCCCUUUUAUUCCUCCAAAAUAUUUUCGAUACUUUUUUAUGUGGCCCAUCUUUUUGUUCGAUUGUGCCAGGCUUUUUGAUAGUAAAUAAUAGUGAAUCCCUUUCUUGGCUAUCCAUCUACUAGUCCAGAAAAACAUGGUAUCUUCAUUGUAGUCUGGAAUGUUAUGAUCUGCUGAAUGAAUAUUUUUGAUCAAUAGUUGUUGAGCAAUGGUUUGUGAGCUGUUUCCAAACCAUUCGGUAUGACAAGAUUUCCUGCCAUUUCUCAACCUUAUUUAUGUAAAAUAUUAAAUUUCAAGAUGUGUUUAAUAAAGCGUGAACUUAAGAAUUGUGUGGGUUAUCUUAAGAAACGUAAUGAUGUAAUUUUCCUCGGAACAAAAGCGAAUCCUACUGUUAAUUUGGUUUAUUUUGGAGGUGAUGUACAGGAUUACGAAUAUAAUAUGAGUCAAAAUAAUUUUAAUAAUCAGUAUAUUAGAUGGAAUUUGGAAAAUACUGCCCAAAAUUUGUAUGUACGAUUUACCAAUCACUUUUGUGACUCUAAUCCCCAUGUGUGGAUUAUUCGUGCUUCACAUUGGAUAUCUAAUUCAAUAGCUUGUUAUGUUAAUUUCAUGCCUUUUACGAAAUCUGGUGUGCCAUUAUUUGAAAAUGACGAUAUCUGUAAAAUGACAGGAAUGAUGCAUUUAAGUUGUUUGCUGUCAAAUGCAGCUAAAAAGUUGUUAAAUUGUGAAGCUAAUAUACAGUGUCAAAUAUCUACUAUCCCUAUAAGACUGAUUGGUUUUAGCAAAGGCUGUUGUGUUUUGACAGAGAUAUUAUAUGAAUUUUCAGUAUUAUCCCGCUCCAAAAAAUUACCUACUGAUUCCGUGAAAGGUGUUCCUGCACAAGUAUUGGAACUUUCUCAAAUUAUAACAGACUUUUAUUGGCUUGAUUCUGGACAUUCAGGUACACAUCAUCAGUGGCCAGUUUCGUUUAACUACCUAUCUUUGCUGAACCCCGUUUCAUGUCCCAGAAUACAUGUCCAUGCAUCUCCCUAUCAGAUAAUGAACCAGCUAAAACCUCAAAAAUCUACUGAUUUUUAUAAAUUUCUGGAUAUUUUAUCCCACUUAAAUUUGCCUUUUAAAAAGCAAUUGCAUUUUAUGCCUGUUGAUCAUGAAAAUUCAGAAUCACCGUUUACCAAUUUGAGAUCAAAAAAUGAGAUGGUCUGUUCGUUAGACUAUCAUUUCGAGAUUUUGAACCACUUUAUGUUUUGAAUUAUACUUUUUGAAAUAUGAUCUAAUCACCGUUUGGUUAACGUUAGUUCUAAAAAAUAUGAAUGUCGUGAUUUAGAAGUUAUAUUUUCUUCCUUGUUGGUAUCCCUGUUUCCACUAUAACUAAUGAAUGGUCUUGUACCUUCAUCAGUCAUGGGUUGUAUAUGGAACUUUUAUAUUUCUUAUAUUUUUAUUCUCUUACCAAUGACCUAUUCUAGAUUUUAUUGCAUUCAUUUGAUUCGUUAUAGUCUGCCCAUGAGGAGAUCUUGUUUUAAUCGUUCUAAUUACCUUGUAUCAAUUGUUUGUUUAGACUGUUGAACAACCUUUUUUGAUCCUUCUGGGUUUUCUUGUAUUCAUUAUAUCCGGCUGAUUUCCUAACACAAAGAGACAAUUUAAGGGUUGCUAGUUUACUAUCCGAUUUAUAUUCACAGUUCUUUUUAUUAAAGCUUUGGGAUUUCAACUGAAUUGAGCGUCGGUAAAUUGUAUUUGAGUUCUGAGUUUCUCAAAUAUUAUUUCAUUUGGUCUCGCUAGCAUGAAAUUAAUUGUUUGUGAACAUACUUUUAAAACUAUGAGGUACUUGUUUUCAUUAUAUCUAAUUUAAGUAGCACAA